AUGAUCAUGAUGUGGGACCGGUUUGAACAGAAAACUUUCGAUAGUGUUCCGGCUUACCAUCCACAUUUACAGUUUCCAUCCCGAGCUAAUAUUAGUCCACUGGAAAGGGAACAUUUGGAUUUCAUAAAGAAAGUAAACGGUAUUCCAAUAAAUACUCCUUUUAUUGAGUCAUUAUCUAAUGUCCCCGACUAUACAAAGUUCAUACAAGAUUUGAUGGAUAAUCGUCAACAAUUGAAGAGAAAUUCCAAGGUUAUUCUUAGUGAGCAAAGUUCAAAAGUAGUAUUGGGAGAAUUACCUAAGAAUAUGGGAGAUCCUGGACGCCUCACUCUUCCAUGUGAGUAUGGUAAUAAUUUGCAAACAUAUGCUUUAGCCGAUUCUGGGGCUGGCAUAAAUUUGAUGCCUUUCUCAUUUUAUAAAAAGCUCAAUACUCCGAAAUUAAAGGCUACAAGAAUGACCAUUCACAUGGCCAACCAUUCAGUGACACAACCCAGGGGCAUUACAGAAUGCAUCUUAGUGAAAAUUGGAAAUUUUGUUUUUCCAAUUGAUUUUGUAGUAAUGCACAUGAAAGAAGAUGCCAAUGUCCCAAUUAUUCUUGGUCGCCCUUUACUUAAUAUUGUUGGUGCCGUAGUUGAUAUUCGUGAAUCCAAGCUCACUUUGAGAGUUGGAGAUGAAGAGGAAACUUUUGGAGUUCAAGAUGGUUUCCAAGGGAGUGAUGUUCAAGGUGAAGUCUUCAAGAUUGAUGAAGAAGAUAAACUUGGAGAAUUACAGAAGCUCGUGGAAGAAGAAUUAAAAACAAUUCAACAAGUCAAACGAACAAAACCAAAAGUAUUCACCCCGUUUUUAGUUGAGGUAUUUGCCUAUACAAAACCAACUUCUUGGGUAAGCAAGGAAAGCGACGGUUCAUCAAGUGAUGAAGACGAGGUUACUUCUAAGGAGAUGAGUCCAGUUGUGAGAGAAGAGAAGAUUCCUAUGGAGCUUAAAAACAAUGAAGAAAAAUUGGAAAAUACGGGGACCAAAUGCAAGAUCGAUGUAGACGAGAAAAAAGCUAAGAAGGAAAACUCAAAAAAAGGCGUACAUUAA